AUGAAGUCGAUCGUCUUCGCUUCCCUCAUUGCUCUGGCACUCGCUGCCAGCCCGGCUUUCGAGCGCACCUUCGAGCCAAAGAACGAGUACGUUUACAAGUUCAAUGGUCUCUUGCUCUCCGGACUUCCAUCGACUUCAACGGAAUCUUCGCAAACACGCAUCUCAUGCCGUGUUCGCCUCCAAGCCAUCGAUGACCGCUACAUCCAUCUUCAAUUGAACGAUAUUCUUGUUGCAGCAUCGCACCUUCCAGAAUCUGAAAAGAUGCCACAAUUGGAGUCUUUGGAAUCUCGUGAACUCGUUGCCGAGCACAGAGAGCUUCUUGAGUUGCCAGUCAGAGCUGCCAUCAGAAACGGAGUCAUCGCUGAUCUCGAAUUCUCCAACGAAGAUUCCGAGUGGUCCAAGAACGUGAAGAGAGCCGUCCUCAACUUGAUUUCAUUCUACCCAUCGAAGCCACUCGAUCAAGAGGAUAGUGACAGCAUUUCUGGUGAACUCAACUCCUACUCGGUUUUCGAAAAGACCAUCGAAGGAGAGUGCCAAGUUCACUACACCAUUGUUCAAGAGAAUGAAAAGACCAUCUACACCAAGUCGGUCAACUUCGACAAGUGCACCACCCGUCCAGAAAUCAACUAUGGACUCCGCUUCUCGACCGAGUGCAAGGAAUGUAAUGAAGAAACUCGCGUUCUUAUGCCACAAACCGUUUACACCUACAUUUUCGAGAAUGAAAAGCUUCAAACUGUCGAAGUUCGCUCGAUCUACUCGUUGAAUGUCAAUGGAAAGGAAGUCAUGAAGACCGAAACACGUUCGGAACUCAUUUAUGAGAUCCAACGUGAAAUCAGCAAGAAGAUCGAAAAGGUCUCUGGACCAAAGGAAGAGCUUAUCUAUUCUACCCGCUGGGAAAAAAGAGUCGAGGAAUUCUUCAAGAACGGAGAUGAAGUGAGGAAAAUGCCAUUCGUCAAAUAUUCGACUGAGAAGAAGAUGGAACAGAUCAACCAAAUCAUUACCGAGCUUGAGAAAAUUGAAGAGAACAAGCCAGAGAGUGCCCAUUUGUUGGCUAGACUUGUCCGCCAAUUCCGCAUGCUCACCAUUGAUGAGCUCAAGAAAGUUCACGUCGAAAUUUACAAAUCGGCUGAAAAGAAGACUCAGAUGAUCAUCGAGAAUGCCUGCGCGAUUGCCGGAACCAAGAACACCAUUCAACAUUUGAUCCAUCACAUUGAAAAGAAAAACAUCAAGCCAACCAGAGCCGCUUUCCUAAUUAAAUCUGUCCAGGAGACACCAUACCCAUCAGAGAAAAUUGCCGACUUGCUCAUCCAGCUCGCCAACUCGAAAUACGCUGAACAGGAAGAAGUUCUCCGCCAAUCCGUCUGGCUCGCAGUCGGAACUGUCGUCCGUGGAGUUACCUCAUCGACUCUUGAUCAGCCAUUGAUUGUUGAAAACAGCCGCGAAAUCAAGAAGAAAUACAUUGAAAUCAUCAACACUUUGUUCCAUGACUCUGAGACGACCUACGAGAAGCUUUCGGCCCUCAAGGUACUCGGAAACGCUGGAAUCGAUCUAUCUGUCUACGAGCUCAACAAAAUUAUCUUGGACGAACGUCAGCCGCUUGCCAUCCGCAUGGAGGCUAUUGACGCCCUCAGACUUCUCAAGGACAUCAUGCCACAGAAGCUUCAAAAGGUCCUUCUCCCAAUCUACAAGAGCCGCAAGUUCGCUCCAGAACUCCGCAUGUCUGCUCUUUGGAGACUCAUGAACACUCAACCAGAAUUGAAGGUUCUCACCCAAGUCGUGUCUCAAAUGAACAAGGAAUCGAACCAACAAGUCGCUUUGUUCACCUACCAACUUCUCCGCCAAUACGCUGCUUCCACCAACCAAUGCUACCAGAAAUUCGCUUCUGAUUGCAGCACCGUCCUCAGCUUCACCAGAUACCAACCAGACGAGCAAUUGUUGUCGACUUACUAUCACCUCCCGCUCUUCUCCAAGUAUCUUGCCUCAGGAGCUCAAUUCAACUUUGCAUCCAUCUUCGGAAAGGAUUCCGUUCUUCCAAAGGAACUCCAUGCUUCCCUUGACACCCUCGUCGGAGGAAACUUAAACAAAUACCUCGCUCAAGUCGGAUUCUCCCAGCAAUACGUUGACCAACUUCUUAUCAAGGCUCUUGACAAGUUCGAGACCAUCGAGAGAAGGUCACCACUCGUUCGUGGACGUCGCCUCACCAACGGAAAGAACAUGCUCAAGGAGCUUUUGAACAAGAUGAACGUUCGCGCCCGCGUUCCAGUUUACGAAUCCAAGAACGCCCACGCUAUUUUCUACCUCCGUUACAAGGAAAUGGACUAUGCUCUUCUCCCGAUCACUUCUGAAUGGUUGGAAGACUGCAUUGAGAAAUACCUCAACGAAGGACGUCUCGAGAUCAGCUCUCUUCUUCGUCUUCUCAAUCUGAACACUAACUUCGAAGGAAACCAAGCCGCUUACUUCUACGAGGCUACCCGCAAGAUUCCAACCACUCUUGGAUUCCCACUGAUCAUUACCGGAAAGAUCCCUACCGUCUCAUCCAUCAAGGGAAAUGUUGAGGUUAAACUCCACAACUUGGAAGCUCGCUUGCUCUUGGACGUCGAGCCACACUUCGCCGCGACCCAUGUCGCUGAGAUGCGCAUCUGGACUCCACUCUUCGAACAAGGUGUCAAGUCCCUCCACCAGACCCGCGUCAUUGCUCCAUUCAAGCUCGAGACCACCAUUGUUAUCAAGAAGACCGUUGAAAUCAACACCAAGUACGUAUUCCCGGAAAACAAGAAGAUGAUCGCAUCGGUUGUCGCGCGACCAGUUGUCUUCCUCCGAUUCCCAAGAACCAACAACUACGACUACGUUCCAUCUGAGGAGAAAACUAUCAUUUCUAGAUACCAAAACCAAUUCCAGGAAUUCGAGAAAGUUUCGAAAGUUCUCGGACUUGAAAUCACCACCCGUGGAAAUAUCUUGAACCAAUGGACUCUUGAGAACUGGCUCUUCAACGAGAAUGUCUUUGAAAUUGUUGUUGAAAACAGAAGACGUCCAGUUGAAAUUAACGCCAUUUGGACCAUCAGCUCUCUUGAGAAGACUAGCCUCAGCAACAUCAAAUUUGACAACAUCUUCCACAAGAAGUUCGAGAUUGAGCGUGAAGAAGAGCGAGUCGAGUACCACAACAAGAUGAUCCGUGAUAUUCAGAACAAGCCAGGAUACAAGCAAUACAUCACCCUGAAAAUUGAAGGACCUGAAGACAAAUACUUGAACACGGAGCUCACCACCAUCUGCGACGAGUCCGUUCGCGUCUGCAUGUUCAACCAGCAGAUCCGUCGUUCCCCAAUUCUUGAAGAGACCAAGGAGUGGAAUCUCAAUUGGGAACUUUUGCUUACUCGCCCAGAGACCCCAUCAUCUCUCCGUCAGCUCCACGAGCAACCACACCGUGAAAUCCAAAUUGCCUUGAAAUCAAAGUGGGGAAGCUACAAGAAGAGCGAGAUCAACUGCAAGGCUCAACUCCAACAAUCGGUCGAGCAGCGAAAGACUCUUCGCAACUACGAGCGCAACGUUAACGGAAUCCCAGAGUACGAGCUUCUCGUCAAAGCUGCCCGCUUGAACGAGCUUGUGGUUGCUGCAGAUUACAAGCUUACUCCAUACGUCGAGAAAACCAUUGAGAAGUACUUCAACCUCUUGAAAGCAUAUAACUUCUGGGCUGUGUCCGACUAUUUCAAGACCAACGACCACCGUGAAGGAGAAGCUUUGUUGAAGCUCACCGUUGAGCCAAUCUACCGUCAAUACAUCAAUCUCACACUCGAGACCCCAGAAUGGACCACCCAAAUGCAGAAUAUCCAAGUUCCACGUCUCUAUCUUCCAUCUAUUGCCCGCAGAAACAUUCGCUAUCAAAUUUCUGAGAACACCGGAGUCUCAUGCCGAGUUGAAGAGUCCAAAGUGAACACCUUUGACAACGUUCUCUACAAAGUUCCACUCACCACCUGCUAUUCUGCAAUUGCCAAGGACUGCACUGAAGAGCCAUCCUUCGCUGUGUUUGCCAAGAAGGUCAACAAGAACAGCGACAAGCUCAUCGUCAAGAUCUACCGUGAUCAAGAAGAGAUCCUUCUUGAGAAGCGCGACGAAGACUUCUUGGUCAAGGUUGACAACAAGAUGAUUUCUGAAAAUAAAUACGAGCAAUACAGAAUUGAAACUCUCGGAGAAAAUUUGAUCAUUGUUCACUUGAACAACGGAGAGGUUCGAUUCGAUGGUUACACCGUCAAGACCAACUUGCCAUCGUACUUGCUCAAGAAUCAGCUUUGCGGCUUGUGCGGAAACAAUGACGACGAAAAAGAAAACGAUUUCAAGACCGCUGACAACUACGAGACUGAAGAUAUCGAGGAGUUCCACCGCUCCUAUCUUCUCAAGGACGAGGAAUGCAAUGUCGAGGAAGAUCGCCUUUCCGAGAAAAAGAACUACAGAAAGCUUUAUGAUGACGAAAGCGAUGAUGAUGACAGUGAAGAGUACGAGACCGAGUACACAUUCAACAAGAAGUCCAACGAUGAAGAAUUCGUCAAGAGAACCCUUGUGAAGGAGUACUCGCACCGUGUCUGCUUCUCUCUUGAGCCAGUUGCUGAGUGCCGCCGUGGAUUCGAAUCUGAGAAGACUGUUUCGAAGAAGGUCCAAUUCACAUGCUUGCCACGUCACAACUCAAACGCUCGUCGCUUCUUGAAGGAUGCUAAAUCGGACAUUCUCCGUUUGGAAGACUAUCCAGUUUCCUACGUCGAGGCCGUCAAGCUUCCAGUUGCCUGUGUCGCCUAUUGA